AUGAAGGCCAGGAUCAAUGUGACGCCCCUGGAUGAUCAGCCAACGUUUUUCGAGAAAGAAUUGAUCGACCUGAUGACCGAUGAAACCAGCGCCUGGACAAAAUUCCUCCAGCCGGAGUUUGGCACAUGGAGUGAAGGAAUCAAGCGCGCCUCGUUGGAUGCCAUAGCCCCCCUUCCAAUUGACCCCUACAAAGAAAUGAUGCUGGACGAAUGCCGUAUCUGGCUCUCCUGGCUGGAGAAUGUGUUCCGAAUGCUAAAUGUCAAGAUCAGAGAAGCGGAAGACGACGAAGUCUACACGUGCCAAACCUGCCUCCGUGAGUCGCGGCGACAAGAAGCGGCUUUGUCGAUUUAUGAAAACACCGACCCAUCCGCGCCGCCCAUCGAAGUGCGAAGUAUGUCCUCCCACUCCCACGCUACUGACACAAUGAACGACUCCCGAUGCCCGAGUCUACCGUCGUACUUCAACCCGAACUCGAAGGAUCAUUCACUCAACGAACAAGCGUCUCAAACCCGCGAGUGA